UCGCAUUAGUUCCAGCGGAAAAUGGCUUUAUCAUGCGACUGUGUACGCGGCGAGAUCCGUGUACGCGGCUUGAUAAAAAUUGAAAUGGAAUGUGAGUUAAAUAAUAUACCAACGGAAAAAUUGGCCCUAGUUGUUACUGGCUCAAUCUCCCAGUUAGGGAAUUGGAAUUCAAAUAAGGGCUUAAUAGCAGAGGAAGUGCCAAAGAAUUCUGGGAAAUGGGUCGUUGGAUUAACUGUUCCAUUUGGUAUAGAGUUUGAGUGGAAAUGUGUUCUGGUUUGGCAUGAGACACUCUUUCCCUUUGUAUGGGAAGACGGUCCAAACAGAAAAGCACGCAUUAAACAAAAUGGAAGAUUUAUUUGUUACUGGAAUCAUGUUGGAGAUUGGUUUCAGCCUAUUACUAGAAAUUCAGGUUUUGUUCUGCCGAAACAUCGUACUCAAACACUGGUAAAUUUCCUGGAAGAAAUUGUUGAACGCUUUAACUGGAGCCAUACAGAAAGGCCGCCACAAUUCGGCGGCAUCCUAUACGGAGUAUUCCAUUUUCUGGCAUCCGCCAUCACCGCCGCCUCAAGAAGAUAUGGGAACCUGAGUUUAAUUUCUACAUUAUAUGUUAUCUACGUAACUUUUUUGCAAGAAAGUUUCUAAGCAUAUUUGUUGACAUGAAUCCUAUUUUUUAUCAAUGCAGUUGUACUCGAAAUUAUUUAUUCAAAGUUAGUUAUAAUUACAGAAUUUUUUUUUUGAUUAUUUUAAUUUUAUAUACCGGUAUAAAGUUUUAAAAAUUCAGCGAAGUAAAACAAAUCAAGUCAUACUGGUACAUUUAUGGAACAACUAUCAUCUCAAUUGAUUAAAAUUUCGAUGAUUUAACGGUU